CGACUACUAUUAACAGGGCAAUAAUCGCCAGACAACUAAGGACAACCGCCAGGAUUUCAAGCCUAUCUGAAAAUUAGUCGCCUAAUACCGGAACAAUCGUCCAACUAUGUCCGAGACAGAUCUCAAACCUGGUCAGAAUCUGGCCCAUCUUCUUCCGCCUUCUUGGAGUGCUGAAGUGCAAAGGUGGUUUGCCGAAGACACUCCAUCCUUCGACUGGGCUGGCUUCGUUGUGGGUGAGGAAGAGCAAGAAGCGAUUCUCUGGGGUAAAAGCGGUGGUGUACUAGCCGGUGUACCUUUUUUUGAAGAAGUAUUCAAGCAAGUUGACUGCGCGGUGGAAUGGCUUAUGCCUGAGGGAUCUGUUGUGCCUCCUGACACGAAGACCAAGGUCGCCAUUGUUCGAGGCAAAGCUCGGCAGCUUUUGUUGGGUGAGCGUGUUGCGCUAAAUACAUUGGCUAGAUGCAGUGGAAUCGCAACCGUAUCAAGGAGGUUCCGAGAUUUGGCUAGGGCCGAGGGUUGGAAGGGCGUUGUUGCUGGCACCAGAAAGACUACCCCCGGCUUCAGGCUGGUCGAGAAGUAUGGGAUGAUGGUGGGUGGCGUAGACCCUCAUCGGCAUGAUUUGUCAUCGAUGGUUAUGCUCAAAGACAACCAUAUCUGGGCAACUGGUUCAAUCACUUCUGCUAUCCAAACUGUUCGCCGAGUUGCUGGUUUUUCCCUUCUUGUUAACGUCGAGUGCCAGAAUUUCAAAGAAGCGGACGAGGCCGUUACGGCGGGAGCUAAUAUCGUGAUGUUGGACAACAUGGUUGGAGAAGAUUUACAUUCUGCGGCGAGACGACUCAAAGAAAAAUGGCAGGGUCAACGGGAGUUUUUGAUUGAAACUAGUGGUGGUAUCAUAGAAGGGAGUCUGACUGGUCGGGUGGGACCUGACAUCGAUAUCCUAUCAACAUCAGCGGUACACCAGAGCUGUCCUCAUGUUGAUUUUUCGCUCAAGAUUCAGCCUAGAAAGAGUUCCUGAAUGUUUUAUUGCAUUAUGGCCAAACCUGAUUUCACAAUAUUCGAUGCAACAUUGCAACAGCAGAGAUGACAAUUGCAUCGGACAGCGCACGCGAGACCCGAAAGAUUGAACAUGGUCGACUUGUUAUUGCUUUGAGAAACUGACUGUACAACUCAGAAGGUAACCGAGCAAUCGUGCCGAUCACUGAUAUGUUAUUAGGGCCCUAGAAAAAGACAGCCAGGAAAACUCGUGAUUGUUGCUAGUAGUACAGUACAUGUGAAUGAGAAUGCUGUGUCAUGAGAACGUCGUUUACAAAGAUGAAGAUAGG